ACUGGAGAAAUAAUUGUAGUGGAGAGGAGCUGGAUUCACAGAAUCUAUUCCACUUCUCAAGUGACGUUAAAAAGGCAAUUGCAGCGUGUUAUAAGUUCCUCCUACUUUAUAACCACAACUAAUAAAGCAUAGUUUUGGGCACUGAGAAAAACAGUAUUCACACACACUAGAUUGGGAGAGAAAUGGCUAAAACACCAGAGAAGGAGCAUCCACGAAAAGCUUUUGGCUGGGCUGCUAGGGACCCUUCUGGAAUUCUGUCGCCUUUCGAUUUCUCUCGCAGAGAAAAUGGUGAUCAUGAUGUUACAGUGAAGAUACUUUAUUGUGGAGUAUGUCACUCAGACUUGCAUCAUUUGAAGGAUGACUGGGGAUUCACAAAAUACCCCAUUGUCCCUGGGCAUGAAAUUGUUGGUCUCGUGACAUCAGUUGGCAGUAGCGUCCAUAAGUUCAAAGUCCGUGACCGAGUUGGAGUUGGGGUGAUUGUAGGCUCCUGUCAAACAUGUGACAUUUGUGAACAGAGCUUGGAGAACUAUUGUCCUAAAGUGACGUUUACCUACAACUCCACAUACCAUGAUGGUACAAAAACAUAUGGCGGUUACUCCGAUAUGAUAGUUGUUCAUCAGCGCUUUGUUCUUCAAUUUCCUGACAACCUACGUUCUGAUGCUGGAGCUCCUUUAUUAUGUGCUGGAAUAGCUGUGUACAGCCCGAUGAAGUACUAUGGUAUGACCGAACCAGGCAAGCAUUUGGGUGUUGCUGGAUUGGGCGGCCUUGGUCACAUUGCUGUGAAGUUUGGAAAGGCCUUUGGGUUAAAAGUUACUGUCAUCAGCACCUCUUCAAAGAAGGAAGAUGAGGCCAUCAAGAAGCUUGGUGCGGAUGCUUUCAUUUUAAGUAGUGAUCCUGCAAAAAUGGAGGCUGCUGUGAAUACCAUGGAUUACAUUAUUGACACCAUUGCUGCUGUUCAUCCAUUGGGUCCGUUGCUAAGUUUUCUGAAGAUGGACGGUAAGCUUGUCACUGUUGGAUUGCCUGAAAAGCCACUGGAGCUUCCAAUUUUCCCUUUAGUUUUGGGUAGGAAGCUAGUUGGGGGAAGUGACAUAGGAGGUAUGAAAGAGACGCAGGAAAUGUUAGACUUUUGCGGAAAGCACAAUAUUACUGCAGAUAUCGAGCUGAUUUCAAUGGACGACAUCAAUAGUUCCAUGGAACGACUUGCAAAAUCUGAUGUUAAGUACCGGUUUGUGAUUGACAUUGCCAACUCUUUAUCCCGUCCUGAUUGUUCAAUGUAGCUGUCGCUGCUUCUUCCUUCAUUGCCAAAAACUUGAUUCUACAAAUUGAGCAAUUUAGUGAUAGAAAAUAUGUAGCAAGUUGAUAUAUGACUGGUCAGCUCGCAAGAGUUAAUAUUAAGACAAUAAACCUUUGAGCUUC